CCUGCAGUGUUGCCUGUAUUCAUACCCUCUGCCUCCCGAUGAAUGUUGAUAUCCCAAGCAACUGUUGCCUCCUGGGGGCGCGGGCUGGGCCGAGGAGAUCUAACCAGCUCUCCCCCAUCAUCUUGAUCGCCGUCCUCUUGACCGUCGUCCUCCUCAACAUCCUCCCAUUCAUCGUCGUCCCCUUCAUCGUAGCCCCCUUCAUCGUCGUCUCCAUUGUUGUUAGCUUCAUCGUCGUCCCCUUGGUUGCCGUUCCAUUGACUGCCGUCCCAUUGAUUGCCGUCCCAUUGAUUGCCGUCCCAUUGAUUGCCGUCCCAUUGAUUGCCGUCCCAUUGGAUGCCGUUCCAUAAGGUGCCGUUCCAAUCGCCUAGUCGC